CCGUACGAUGAGCGGCACAAAGUCCUCUGAGGCGUCCGGUGAGCGCCAGGAGUUCUCCGGUUUCUUCCAGACAAUAGUCCAGGAUCUGACGGCGGAGGAUUGGGGUCACCCAGAGAUCGGGGAUGCCAUUUCACGCCUACGACGGGUCCUGGAGUACAACACCCCGGGGGGGAAGUGUAAUCGAGGGAUGACGGUCCUGGCUGCCUUCCGGGAACUGGUGGGACCUGAACUGCAAAAGGACGGCAACAUCCAGAGGGCGCUGGCAGUGGGCUGGUGUGUGGAGCUGCUCCAGGCUUUCUUCCUGGUGGCCGAUGACAUCAUGGACAAUUCUGUGACCCGCCGUGGCCAGCCAUGCUGGUACAAACAGGCUGGUAUCGGGUUGGAUGCCAUCAAUGAUUCCUUCCUGCUGGAGGCGUGUAUAUACCGCGUGCUGAGGAAGUAUUGCCGCCGGCAACCAUAUUACCUGAAUCUACUGGAGCUCUUCCUGGAGACCUCCUACCAGACGGAGUUGGGUCAGGCUCUGGACCUCAUCACCUCUCAGCCGGGGAAGGUGGAUUUGGACAGAUACACAGAGACCAGGUAUAAAUCCAUUGUGAAAUACAAGACAGCAUUUUACUCCUUCUACCUUCCCGUGGCUGCCGCCAUGUUCAUGGCCGGCAUAGACGGUGAGGAAGAACACGGCAACGCCAGGACCAUCCUGCUGGAAAUGGGAGAGUUUUUCCAGAUCCAGGAUGACUAUCUGGACUGUUACGGGGACCCCGCUGUGACGGGGAAGAUUGGAACGGACAUCCAGGACAAUAAAUGCGGCUGGCUGGUGGUUGAGGCCCUGAAGAGGGUCAAUCCGGUGCAGAGGAAGACCUUGGAGGAGAACUAUGGCCAGGACGUGACAGAGAAGGUCCAGCGGGUAAAGCAGCUCUACGAGAAUUUGGACCUGUCGGCGGUCUACGCGCAGUACGAGGAGGAGAGCUACCGGCGGCUGCAGACUCUGAUCUCCCAGCAUGCCAAUGGCCUGUCCAAGGAGAUCUUCCUGGGCCUUGCUCGCAAGAUCUACAAGCGGCAGAAGUGAGCGUGAACUGUAUGAGAG